AUGGUUGAAGGAGCAACAAUGACACCUGCACUGAUAAGGAAAAACACUUUUCCCAGACUUACAAAUCUUGGCGGACAUGAUUUUCGGAAAGAGUAUAAAGGUUCCGAGAUCGAACGACGAUUUCGUCAUAGAAAGCUCGACGGUAACGAUUCGUGGCGAUUCCAUAAUAUGUGGCGUGCUUUCUCGGACUACCUCUUUGGCAGAAAGCAACAGAAGUUUUUAUCAGAGGACGAUGCGCAGCGCUAUUCCUACUUCGAGCGACUACCCGUUGAGCUGCUUUUCCAAAUACUAAAUGGUGUCGACCGUGAAACAGCGUUAAACUGCCGAGCCGUCUGCACCCGAUGGCACGAAGCCAUCGACAAAAUUAAGGCAAAAAAUAAGAUAUUUCCAUCAUUCGAGUUGUCCCGACUUGUAAUUACUGGCGUACCUCGCAAGGGGCUCGAAAUUCGAUGUGUGGCGUAUGAUGCUCAGCGGGCAUCAGUGAUUGUUAUCCCACAUUCCAUGCUGCGGCGUCGUGCAGAUCUUGGAUUUAAUUUCGGCCAGUUCAAAGUGCAACGAAUCGUCCUGAAGAAUCUCCUCCUAACUGACGAGUUUGUCGACUUCCUACGUAUACAACUCUCACACUGCAAUCUAUCACCACUGGUGCAACUAUCUUUACAUGGAGUCGAUUUCUCGAGUUCAAAUUCGCUGACGCUCCACCGUCUUCUUGCAUUGGUCGCCAAGAACAUUGAGAUCUUGGAGGUAAAUCAGUCUACCGGAAUGAGAGCAGAUAGUAUCACCGACGCACAUCUUGCACAAUUGGAUGCCAAAAAAAUCCGUCGUGUCGCUAUAGAUGGUGUCCGUUUUACACAUGCGAAACGUCGGGGAGUGCUGCGAGUCGGCAACGAGUCACUACGUCGUUUUGCUGCACAAAAGAACUUCCCUAUACUAGUUUUAGAUCGCUGUAGCGUAACUACAAAGACGGUUUGCGAUUAUACUGAGGAAUGGUUUGCGUCUGCGGCAGAAUCAGAAAAGAGUGUUCGAUCACAGAUCUGUACUGUGAAGAGAUGCGCGGCAGUGAAGGGACCACAAUUUGAAGUUGAAUGUCAGCGCAGAGGAUUGCACUGCAAGCGUCGCAGAGGCAGCGGUAGUCUCAUCUUGUACAAUAUUCAAGCUGAGCAUGCAAAUACGGAGUUCACCGUGGCGACACAACCCCUUGAAGCGGAUGAGCCAAAGAAAGAAGAAGAACAGCAAUAG